GGAGCGGCUGGGACGGGCCCGGGGCCUGGCGGAGGUGGACGCCGAGGAAGCGAUGUGAGAGGCCAGCGCCCAGGCCAAAGGCCAAUGAUGCUGCUAGUGCCGAAGUGGAGAGAAUGGGGAAAAGGAUGUGAUUUGAGGAAGGCAGAAGAAGGAAAGUGGCAAGGGAGGAGAGAAGGUAAACAGCCAUUUGAGGGAAAGAAUGUUUUAGUAGCAUAAGUUUACUUGAGGAUAGCAGACAAUUCUCCAGCUCAUCUUCAUGAAGCUGAGUUAGCAUCAGAUACGCUUCAUGUCAGUAGAAAUGGACAGCAGCAGUUUUAUUCAGUUUGACGUGCCCGAGUACAGCAACACAGUUCUGAGCCAGUUAAAUGAACUCCGCCUUCAAGGAAAACUGUGUGACAUCAUUGUGCAUAUUCAGGGGCAGCCGUUCCGAGCCCACAAAGCCGUCCUUGCUGCCAGCUCUCCCUAUUUUCGUGACCAUUCAGCAUUAAGCACCAUGAGUGGCUUAUCCAUCUCAGUGAUUAAGAAUCCUAAUGUCUUUGAACAGUUGCUCUCAUUCUGUUACACUGGAAGAAUGUCCUUACAACUGAAGGAUGUUGUCAGCUUUCUCACUGCUGCUAGCUUUCUUCAGAUGCAGUGUGUCAUUGACAAGUGCACACAGAUCCUGGAGAGCAUCCAUUCAAAAAUCAGCAUUGGGGAUGUCGACUCUGUUACCAUUGGUGCUGAUGAAAACUCAGAAAACCGCAAUGGAGUUAAAGAGAGCAGCUUCUUUGCCAAUCCAGUAGAGAUCUCGCCUCCAUAUUGCUCUCAGGUGCGUCAGCCAACCGCUGGCAAUGAUCUACGGAUGGAGGCCACUCCAAGCAAAUCUCUGCGUGGCCGCUUGCAAGAAGAAGGCCACUCAGACCGAGGAAGCAGUGGGAGUGUCUCUGAGUAUGAGAUUCAGAUAGAAGGUGACCAUGAACACGGGGACUUGAUUGUGAGGGAGAGCCAGAUCACGGAGGUGAAAGUGAAAAUCGAGAAAUCAGAGCGACCUAGCUGUUCAGACAGCUCUUCGUUGGGUGAUGAUGGCUACCACACUGAGAUGGUGGAUGGUGAACAAGUGGUGGCAGUGAAUGUAGGUUCCUAUGGCUCUGUGUUACAGCAUGCAUAUUCCUUUUCCCAAGUAGCCUCUCAGCCAUCAAGUAUAUCAGAAACUUUUGGGAACCUGAGCAACUCCAGCCCGUCCAGGUCUAUGCUAAGUUGCUUCCGAGGGGGCCGGGCCCGCCAAAAGCGCCCCUCUGUCCAUCUGCACAGUGAUCUGCAGAGUUUGGUACAAGGGUCAGAUGGUGAAGCUCUUGUGAAUAAUCCUGGGUAUGAAAGCAGCCCUCGGGAGAGGAGUGCACGAGGCCACUGGUAUCCAUACAACGAAAGAUUGAUCUGUAUUUACUGUGGAAAGUCCUUUAACCAAAAGGGGAGCCUUGACCGGCAUAUGCGACUCCACAUGGGGAUCACCCCUUUUGUAUGCAAGUUCUGCGGUAAGAAGUAUACACGAAAGGACCAGUUGGAGUACCAUAUCCGUGGCCAUACUGACGAUAAGCCUUUCCGCUGUGAGAUCUGUGGGAAGUGCUUUCCCUUCCAGGGAACACUCAACCAGCACCUGCGAAAAAAUCACCCAGGUGUGGCUGAAGUCCGCAGUCGCAUUGAGUCCCCAGAAAGAACAGAUGCAUAUGCAGAACAGAAAAUUGAAAAUGAUGCCUCCAACUCAGAGGCAGUGCUGGAUUCCAGUAUGGAAGUUCACACGGUGUCUAAUGCCCCUGACUAAGAUUUAAAUAAGUGCAACCCAAAAAAAGCACACUCAUCAAUGAAUGCAUUUAAAAAAUUUUUGCUGUAGGUAACUCUUAGCCCAGUUACUGACCUGACCACCUUGAAAUCUAGUAGGUGCACAGUAAAUUUUCCCAAGGUUUCUAAAUAGCACACUUUGCCAUUUUUGUUCUUUGCUUCCAAGGAAACUUGGGUAUAUGUGUGUUGAAAGAGCUUAGAAUCCGAAGGGCUGAAAAUACAGGGAAAAAUACAUGGGCUGAUGCUAUUCCUCUGGAUGAAUUAUUUCAAUCCCAAUUCUGGCAGUAGCGUAGCUAAGCCAGCUGGGUUCACUCUUCCUUCACUACCCAGGGGCACAUAUUCUCUCUCUGUGUGCUUGUAAGUUUCUAUGCAUGUGCAUUGAGAGAGAAUAGCAUGUCCAGAUGAUCUGAUGAUUACAUUUUAGAGUUGAAAA